CGUGACUUCGCGAUGCCGCUCCAAGCUCCAAGCUCCAGCUGGCCUGUGUCUAGGUCUGGAGGCCACGCUGCUCGAUCCACCCAAGAGAGCCAAACCCUCGCUCUUGAGCCGAUGCGCCCCGCCCGUGACUCGACAAGGGGCUUUCACACCCGUGUGCCUCUCGCUGACGACUGACAACCCUCGGCGCGUCGCAUUGCCCUCAAGGCAUCGUCCCGUCUCCUCUCCGAGGCCCCUCCCGGCCGAGGCCACGAUGGCUUCAGACUCGCCCGCCGGCGCGGCCGCGUCUGCUGCUCCGCCCAAGCAGCCGCCUCCCGAAAAACCCUCUGAGACGCGCCGCCGGUCCUACAUUGUACUCUCGUUCUGGCUCAUCGUGCUCGUCCUCGGCCUGCCUAUUUGGUGGAAGACGACCACCAUCUACCGCGCGGAUCUCCCCCUCGACCGCAUGCUGCAGUGGGCUGAUGGAAAGGCCUGCCGCCCAGUCUUCCCUCUCCGCAUAUCCGUUCGCGCCGAUGCGCUCCCGGAAAAGGAUGCCCAGCACCUGGUCCAGUUGACGCAGCAUGCUAUCGACGACCUCAACGACUUCCCCGGCCACCACCUGCGGCUUCAGCUCGACCCGAGACGCGAUGGCGACGCUGACAAGGCUCCCAUCAAGGGCGCCAGCGUAGACGAACCUGCCCUGACAAUCCACCUUGCCCCGGGCGAGGCUACGUCGGCCACUCUCAACCCCCAAGCGCCCGUCCUCGAUAUGACGUACGUGCCGAAGGAGGUGCCCUCGGUCAACGCAGCCUCGUCUACCUUGGCCUCUUACAUUGCCGACCAGUUGCAAAAGACGUUUGAUGAGGAAAAGUCCAUCAUAUCGUACCUCCUUUCCGCCUCAGCCAUGUCCUCGGGGGGCCGCCGCCAUGCCCUCAGCCCAGAGGAUGCCGACGCGCUGGCCAAGCGCACAACCAAGUCCCUCCGCUACGCUCCGACUUACCACCUCACCUUCUCUCUUUUCACUGAUGGCGCCGUACCGAACUCGUGGGACGUGGAUCGCGCGCUCGACGACUACUUGCGGCCCAUGCUCGAUGUGCUGCGGCCCAUCCACAACUUCACCAUCGACACCCAGGUUCAGCUGUACGCCACGCCCGGCGUUCAGUCGCAGGUCCUCGGCAAGGAGCAUCUCGCCUCCUUCAUCAAUGCCGCCGAAUGGCCGCUGUCACCGUCGAUUGGGGACGCGCCGACCGUCAACUUUGUCGUGUUUGUCGGCAAUCAAACCAUUGGCAUCGACUCGGGCGCCGAGACAUCACAGUCGUGGAUGAUUCCCCAAUGGGGCACCGUCUAUCUAUUAUCUUUGCCGCCUACGGCCACUCACGUCUCGGCCGAGACUUUGAGGCAGCCCAUGCUGACCUUUGGCGGCCACCUGCUGUCUCUGCUGGGGACGCCGCGGUCAGGGUCCCUGCCGCUGAGACUGUCGACGCUUGCGCGCAUCCGCUCCACGGAUCUGCUACUGCGGGCCGCCUCGUCGCUGGGCUCCCUGGCCCGCCUUGCGCGCGCCCUGCCGUCCAUUGCCAUCCCGCGCAGCGUCGCGGAUGGCGUUUCCAAGAGCAUGCACCACCUGGAGCGCGCCUGCUCCAGUCUGGGCGGGCCGGAGGGCCUACUGCACGCGCGCAUCGCCGAGGAAGAGGCGGAGCGCGCCUUCUUCGAGAAGAGCAUGGUCGGGCAGCUGUAUUUCCCCGACGAGCACAAGAUUGCCGUCUACCUGCCGCUGCUGGGGCCCGUGGGAGUCCCGCUGGUGCUGGGGCUGGUCAAUGAGCUCAAGAACUGGGUCCGGAGACGAAAGCAAAAAGCGGCCGAGGCGCGGGAUAAGAAGGCACAGUGAGGAUUUGGCGCGUUGGCGUUGAUGUAAUGAAUAGACCCGGUACUGCAUGCAUGAUGAUGAUUCCGUAGGCAACGGCUGCACGGGUGGCGUUUGAUUCAUCGGCGCUUAUGAGACAACUCGGCAUUUGCCUGCUCGGGCGGUGCACGUGGUGGUGACGUGAGAGUGUUGGUGCGUCUGCGUGGAUGGAUUCAGGUACCGCGGUGACGUAGCCCAACUCUAUUAAGUACACCAGCCAGGCACGCUCGCAUGCCAGUGGAAUUCAAC